GUAAGCGAGUGUCAAGAAACAUUAUCUGAACUUUCACUGGUCAAUGUUGGCGAUUCAGUAGUGCUCGAGACCUUAUAGUAGUGACUUAAGACGAUCUAUUUACACACGUGCCACUUUUUUCACAAAUGGAUUUACACGAAAAUUUUUUAAACGGAUUGGAAUGGUGAGACUGAAGGAAUGGCCCUGAAGCAGUCGCACCAAUAAUGGCCAUCAUCUUACCCACUGUUUUGGCAUCGAUUAAAGCCGGCGUUGGAAUCAUCGGUGCCGGAAAAGUCGCCAUAUUGCCAUUUCUACUCGCUGCUUUAGCUUAUUUCCAUUAUGACCAAUUCGAUCCCGAAAAUCGGCCAGUUGAUCGAAAAGUAGUCGAUAAAGAGUAUGAUUUCGUCGUAGUCGGGGGCGGCUCUGCCGGAUCAGUUGUUGCCAACCGUUUAACAGAAAUCCCCAGCUGGAAAGUCCUCCUACUUGAAGCGGGAGGACAUGAAACCGAAAUUUCCGAUGUACCAGUCCUGAGUCUUUAUUUACACAAAAGUAAACUGGACUGGGGCUACAAGACUGAGCCACAAACUGAAGCUUGUCAAGCUAUGAUAGAAAAUAGAUCAUCCUGGACUCGUGGUAAAGUCUUAGGAGGGUCAAGUGUCCUCAAUACCAUGCUAUACGUCCGUGGUAAUCGCCGAGAUUUUGACCAUUGGGUGCGGCAAGGUAACCCAGGAUGGUCCUAUGAAGAAAUCCUCCCAUACUUCCUCAAAUCUCAAGACCAGAGAAACCCGUAUUUGGCCCGGACCAAGUACCAUGCGACUGGUGGGUACCAGACGGUCCAAGAUAACCCAUACUCGACCCCAUUGGGUGUUGCGUUCCUCCAAGCCGGUCAGGAAAUGGGUUAUGACAUUCGGGACAUCAAUGGUGAAAAACAAACCGGUUUUGCCUUUUUCCAAUUCACUAUGAGACGUGGUACUAGAUGUAGUACCUCCAAGGCUUUUCUUCGGCCCAUAAGACUCCGGAAAAACCUCCAUAUCUCACUAUGGUCCCAUGUGACUAAAGUUUUGAUCGAUCCAGAGUCACGACGAGCCUACGGAGUCGAAUUCAUCAAAAAUGGGAAAAAACAAGUCGUUCUAGCACGAAAGGAAGUGAUUUUAUCGGCCGGUGCAAUCAACUCGCCCCAAUUGUUAAUGUUAAGUGGAGUUGGACCAGCUGAACAUCUCCAAGAAAAAGGAAUUCGAGUCAUCCAUGACUCACCCGGAGUUGGGCAAAACCUCCAAGACCACAUCGCAGUGGGAGGAUUAACCUUUUUGAUUGACCCUCCAGUUAGUUUGCUUGUAAACCGAUUAGUUAACCUCAACACCGCCCUUCGGUACGCCAUAAAAGAGGACGGCCCUUUGACCUCCAGUAUCGGAUUGGAGGCUGUAGGUUUCAUCCCCACAAAAUACACCAAUCAAAGCGACGAUUGGCCAGAUAUCGAAUUCAUGAUCACGAGUACCUCGACCCCUGCCGAUGGUGGUACUCAAGUCAAACACGCCCAUGGCCUUACAGACGAAUUCUAUAAGGAGUACUUUUCCGAAAUCAACUACAAAGACACUUUCGCCGUUUUCCCCAUGUUGCUCCGCCCUAAAAGCCGUGGCGAGAUUAAACUCCGGUCAAAAAACCCCCUCGAUUAUCCCAUCCUCCAACCCAACUACCUCACCGACUUACACGACGUCUGGGUGAUGAGAGAGGGGGCAAAAGCCGCUGUCGCAUUCGCCCAAACCGAAUCGAUGAAACGAUUCGGAACGCGGUACUACUCGAAGCCCCUCCCUAAUUGCAAGCACCUCCCACUUUUCACCGAUGAGUAUUGGGAUUGUGCAGUCAGGCAAUACACCCUCUCGAUUUAUCAUUACUCGUGUACUGCGAAAAUGGGGCCGGCGAAUGACCCAUACGCCGUUGUUGACCCUGAAUUGAGGGUGUAUGGAGUGGCGGGGUUAAGGGUAAUCGACGCGUCGAUCAUGCCCACGGUCACGAAUGGCAAUAUAAAUGCGCCCACGAUCAUGAUAGGGGAAAAAGGGGCCGAUUUAGUCAAAUACUAUUGGUUACAACCCUCCACGAGAAGGAGGAGGGACUUAAGGGCGAUUUAUAAUGUGAGAUUAGGAGCGACGUGUCCUAACAUCACGAGUAUUUAGUCAUUUCAUUGCUCACUAGGAUUAUUAAAUAAAUUAUAUUAUUUUUCUAAUAAAUAUUUGUUUGGAAA